CUAUAAAUAGAACCUGUUCACUACAUGUCUCUUUUUCUCUCUUCCUCCUCUCUUUCUUUCUUCUUUCCUCUUUCCUCACCGCCGACCGAAUCCCGGCGAAUCCGCCGGCGAUCGAAGCCGUACAAUCUCCUCGUCCUCCUCCUCCUCCUUCGCCAUUUGAGGCGUUAAAGUUUUCAUCUAUCAUGUAAUCUUUCUCCCAGUGAAUUGGAAACUCAUUUGUUCAAGUGUAUGUGCUUGUUCCGUACAGCGUAGGUCUCUGUUAGUGAUUUGAGCAGUGGAGAAUUUGAUUUGAGGAGAUGGAUGGGACUAGAGAGAUGGGACUCCGAAACGUGAGCUCGCAUUGCUCCAUCUCGGAAAUGGACGACUACGAUCUCUCGCGCCUUCUCGACAAGCCCAGGCUCAACAUCGAGAGGCAGCGAUCAUUCGACGAGAGGUCGCUCAGUGAGCUUUCCAUCGGUUUCGGCAGAGGAGGCCUGGAUAACUUUGACGCCACGUGCUCGCCCGGCGGCAGGUCCGGUUUCGACACCCCAGCUUCGUCGGCUCGGAACUCAUUUGAGCCCCAUCCGAUGGUUGCUGAUGCCUGGGAAGCUCUCCGGCGUUCUUUAGUGCAUUUCCGGGGUCAACCUGUUGGGACGAUUGCUGCCUAUGACCACGCUUCUGAGGAAGUUCUUAACUAUGAUCAGGUUUUUGUACGGGAUUUUGUACCCAGUGCUCUGGCUUUCCUGAUGAAUGGCGAGCCUGAGAUAGUUAAGAACUUUCUCUUGAAGACUCUGCACCUUCAAGGGUGGGAGAAAAGAAUAGACCGAUUUAAACUUGGGGAAGGUGCAAUGCCGGCCAGCUUCAAAGUUCUUCAUGACCCUAUUCGAAAAACGGACACUCUCAUUGCAGACUUUGGUGAAAGUGCAAUUGGGAGAGUUGCUCCUGUUGACUCUGGAUUUUGGUGGAUUAUUCUGCUCAGAGCAUAUACAAAGUCUACAGGGGAUUUAUCGCUUGCAGAAACACCAGAUUGUCAAAAAGGGAUGAGGCUUAUUUUAGCUCUAUGUCUUUCAGAGGGGUUUGAUACAUUCCCAACUCUUCUUUGUGCGGAUGGGUGCAGCAUGAUUGAUCGAAGAAUGGGUGUAUAUGGUUAUCCAAUUGAAAUUCAGGCACUUUUCUUUAUGGCGUUGAGAUGUGCUUUGGCGAUGCUUAAACCUGAUGCAGAAGGAAAAGAAAUGAUAGAGCGAAUUGUGAAGCGUUUGCAUGCAAUGAGUUAUCACAUGCGGAGUUACUUUUGGCUUGACUUCCAACAGCUUAAUGACAUUUACCGUUACAAGACUGAGGAGUACUCACACACUGCAGUAAACAAGUUUAAUGUCAUUCCCGAUUCAAUCCCUGAAUGGGUAUUUGAUUUUAUGCCAACACGUGGUGGUUACUUUAUUGGAAAUGUCAGUCCUGCAAGGAUGGAUUUUCGGUGGUUUGCUUUAGGCAAUUGUGUUGCAAUUCUAUCUUCUCUUGCAACACCUGAGCAAUCAAUGGCCAUUAUGGAUCUUAUUGAAUCUCGCUGGGAAGAGUUGGUUGGAGAAAUGCCUCUGAAGAUAUGUUAUCCUGCAAUAGAAAGCCAUGAGUGGAGAAUUGUAACUGGUUGUGAUCCCAAGAAUACCAGAUGGAGUUACCAUAAUGGAGGAUCUUGGCCAGUGCUUUUAUGGCUGCUAACAGCUGCUUGCAUUAAAACGGGACGACCCCAAAUUGCAAGACGAGCGAUUGAGCUUGCCGAGAGUCGUCUGCUCAAGGAUAGCUGGCCAGAAUAUUAUGAUGGAAAGCUUGGGAGGUUUAUUGGUAAGCAGGCAAGAAAGUACCAGACGUGGUCAAUUGCAGGGUAUUUGGUGGCAAAGAUGAUGCUAGAGGAUCCAUCACACUUGGGAAUGAUUUCCCUGGAAGAGGACAAACAGAUGAAGCCGGUACUUAAGAGAUGUUCGUCUUGGACUUGCUGAAAAACCUCAAGCAAGGAAGAGAAAUACAAAAAAUCUUGUUAUACAAUACCAUUCUGCAUUGUAGGUUUCAUUAGAAGUUUGGUUUGUGUACAAUAGAGCCUGUGCUGAGACUAGUUUUUUUUUUGAUUUUCCAAAUAAAAAAAGAUACGUUUUGCUA